GCUCUUUUUGCCUGCUCCUAAUUCGAGAUGUAGAAAGCACCACGGGCGCAGAGUGAAUCGAUUUGAUGAGCUACCACACGCCAGUCGUGAGUGUACGUACACGCGUCUAUACGUACAGUAUACCGAGAUGGAAAAAACCCAGUGGCGAGAAUGAAAAUGAAAAAACUGAACACUUCGAACGAGCCUGGUGAGGCGAAUGAACUUUAACAUCGAACUACAAACAUUCAACAAUAUAUAAACCAAGAAAAUGACGAUUCUCGAUGGAGAGUAAUGCAGACCGUGGCGGACCGUGCGGACUGGUGCGGAUCGUGACGCCAUCCAGUGCAUCCAGUAAAGAAAAUGGCGGAUCGUAUGAGUAGCGCGUGGAGUGGAAGGCGCCGGCGGAGUUUUCUCGUAUCGUCGAUAAGAUGAUUCCUCAGGUUUUCAAGCCCAUAGAGCCGAGCAGAAGAUUAUUUUGUAUUAUUCGCCUGUCGUGGUUCCACCGGAAUUGAAAAUCUUUGUAUUUUUCGACAGAAAAGAUGUCAAAAAAUUUAAUAAAUGUGAACACAGUGUCUCGGUUAUUUCAACCGAUAAAGGCAAUACCAAAAGACGCAGUUUUAAAACCUAACAAUGUUUCCAAAGGUUACAAGUUGAUGGUUGAUAUGGGUAUAAUUAAACAAGCUAAUCCCGGAAUGCACACCUUGAUGCCUCUUGGCUUGAGAGUUCUACAAAAACUCAUCAACAUCGUAGACAAAGAAAUGAACAAACUUGGAGCACAAAAAUUGCUUCUCCCUAAUUUGACCAAUGCUUCUCUUUGGGAAAAAACUAAUAGGCUACAGAAUGUUGACAAUGAAUUGUUUACCCUACAGGAUAGACACAAAAAUGUCUUUAUUCUCAGCCCUACACACGAAGAAGCAAUAACAGAUUUAGUGGCCAGUAUGGGACCCAUGUCCUCCAAACAAUUGCCUCUUAUGCUCUAUCAAAUAUCCAGCAAGUGGAGGGAUGAGAAGAAACCACGGCUUGGUUUAUUUAGGGGUCGAGAAUUUAUAAUGAAAGAUCUUUAUACUUUUGACUCGAGCUUGGAAAAUGCGCAAAAUACUUACUCAGCUGUUCGUGAAGCUUAUGAAAACAUAUUCAAGCAUAUCGGUAUAGAAUACACAAUAGCCGUUGGUGAUACAGGAAUAAUGGGAGGAACUUUGUCACAUGAGUACCAUUAUUUAUCAGAUAUUGGUGAGGACAGAGUCUUGUCUUGUCAUUCGUGUGGUUUUUAUAUCAAUUCGACCAUGUACAGUGAUCAUCUUUGUGGCACAUGUCAUAGCCCGCUUCUGGUUCACAAAGCUGUAGAGGUUGGUCACACAUUUCUUCUUGGCACGAGAUAUUCGGAACCUCUUCAUGCCACAUACCGUGAUGAGAAUAAAACAAAACCCAUGAUGAUGGGUUGUUACGGUCUUGGUUUGACAAGGCUCAUAGCAACUGCGGUUGAAACUCUUUCUAAGGAACACGAGCUCAGGUGGCCAAAACACAUUGCGCCGUACACUGUUUGCAUUGUACCUCCAAAGAAAGGCAGUACCCAGGAGCCUGCAUCUCAUUAUUCGAUGAAGAUCUACGAAUUUUUGGAAAACAAUAAUAUAGACGUAAUAAUCGACGACAGAGACGAUUUAACUAUUGGCCGACGUAUGCUCGACGCAAAUCGAACGGGUUAUACGUAUUUAAUUGUCAUUGGGAAGCAGGCCGUUGAAAAGACACCUCACUUCGAAAUUCAUGAUAUCAAUAAUUCGAAUAGUUUUCUUUUCACCCUCGAACAAUUGAAAGACUUUUUCGAAACGAAUUGCAGCGAUCAGCAAACAAAGCUCGAAGCCGUUAUCGCUUAAAGCGAUAUUGUAAAUCAUUGAAAAUGUAUAGGAAAUAAAUGUACAUUGAGAAAAUA